UUUCUCCCGCGGCUCCUCCAUCGUCGCCUGUGGAUUGAAAAUAAUAAUAAUAAUAAAAAGCGAGGCUAGGGUUUCUGGGAUCCCCUUCUCCCUCUACUCCAAAACCAUAGCCCUCGAGCUCGGCCUCCAGGGGACUCUUCCAGCCAUGGCGACGACUCGGAUGCUCUCUCAGAAGGAGCAGGACAUCCAGAUGAUGCUCGCCGCCGAAGUCCAUCUCGGCACCAAGAACUGCGACUUCCAGAUGGAGCGCUACGUCUUUAAGCGAAGAUCCGACGGUAUCUUUAUCAUCAACCUUGGUAAAACUUGGGAGAAACUUCAGCUAGCAGCUAGGGUCAUCGUUGCGAUUGAAAAUCCUCAGGAUAUUAUUGUCCAAUCUGCAAGGCCAUAUGGUCAAAGAGCUGUUUUGAAGUUUGCUCAGUACACAGGUGCUCAUGCUAUUGCUGGGAGGCACACCCCUGGAACCUUCACCAAUCAGCUUCAGACAUCCUUUAGUGAGCCACGGCUUCUCAUCCUCACUGAUCCUAGAACCGAUCAUCAGCCUAUCAAGGAAUCUGCUCUGGGAAAUAUUCCAACCAUUGCCUUUUGUGACACUGAUUCUCCAAUGCGAUAUGUUGAUAUUGGAAUUCCUGCAAACAACAAAGGGAAGUCCAGUAUUGGCUGCCUCUUCUGGUUGUUGGCUAGGAUGGUUCUCCAGAUGCGUGGCACUAUUGCUCCUGGGCACAAAUGGGAAGUGAUGGUCGAUCUAUUUUUCUACAGGGAUCCUGAGGAAGCCAAGGAACAGGAAGAAGAGGCUCUGGCGCCACCUGAACAUGGUGGAAUUGCUGAUUACACCAGUGUGGUACCCAAUGAUCAGUGGACUGCUGAACAGUGGGUUCCUGACAUGGGAACUGCACCUGCCACUGUUCCUGCCAGUCAAGCUCCUGUUCCUGCUGAUGGAUGGGAUGCAGCUGCAGCCCCAGAUCCAGCUCUGCCUACGGAAGGUGUUCCUCCUGUUGUGCCCUCUGGUUGGGAGGCUGCCCCACCAGCUCCCUCAGGCUGGGAUUAAGUGUAGGCUGAUUGCAUUUCAAGUUCCUCAUGUCAAAUUUCCUUCUAGAAUUUCAUCUUAGAUAUUUUUAAGAAGCUUUUGUUUAGUAUGAGUCUAUACAGCCCAGCUAUGAACCAUCUUGCCUUCAGAGUGUUCUUUCUUUUUUUAGUCUUUUUCAAUCUUGAAACAUAAUGGCAGAAAGAAAAUUUCUACGUUCAUGGCCUCUUGUUUAAUAUUAUUUGUGCAUUAUGGAUUUUA